GGCACUGGCAACGUCGUCGAGGCCGUCCGCCACGUGCGCUCCGUCAUGGGCGAAAUCCGCGCGCUCCGCAACAUGGACGACGACGAGGUCUUCGCCUACGCCAAGCGCAUCGCCGCGCCCUACGACCUCGUCAUGCAGACCAAGCAGCUGGGCCGCCUCCCCGUCGUGCAGUUCGCGGCCGGCGGCGUCACCACCCCCGCCGACGCCGCCCUCAUGAUGCAGCUCGGCUGCGACGGCGUCUUCGUCGGCUCGGGCAUCUUCAAGAGCGGCGACCCCGCGCGCCGCGCCCGCGCCAUCGUGCAGGCCGUCACCCACUGCAGGUUGUCGCGUCCAAGCACGCCGCCGCCUCGUCGUCCUCGCUGGCGGAAGAAAGAGAGGAAGAGAUGAACGGAGAGAGAGAGAGAGGAAGAAGAACAAUAGAGAAAGAGGGAUUGACAAGUGGGCCCAUGGGAAAAUUUGUCUUUAACUAAAUUUUUUCAAUCCAUUUUGACAGUUAAAUUUUUUCAAUCCAUUUUGACCGAAAAUAAUAAAAUAAUGAGAAGAGGGUCCAGCAGCUAGUUACCACUUUUUUAGUGUACACGAGCAAAUACACGAUCUUCGGCUGUCUCACAACAAAGAUCACAUAAAUCUUUCGGUGUCCUAUAGCAAAUUUUGCCAUGUAUGAAUUGCCACUUUGGUGUGGUUGUUGGCUAUGCAGAGGAUAAAGAUGACGCGAUCGAACUGUAGUAGUGCGAGUGCGUGUGUGACGCAGAGGCAUCCACGCACCACGUACAACGGGUCGAGUAGGUCGUAGCCAGCCUCAGACCGGGCCCGGACCACGGCUCGA